AUCAGCAUCUGAAGGAGAAGGAUUUUAUGAUAUGGCUUCAGAAUCUACAGCAAAUCGUGGCAAUCAAACAGAUUUGGACAUCCCAUGUUCUSACCAACUAUCAAUAAAAAUGUUAAAAACAAGGUGCCCUACUUCCAAAAAAGRAGAGAGGUUUUUCUCACAUCACACUGGAUUCAAAAACUACAUGCAGUUUAAGGAAUUUCUUGAAUUUGUAGUACCGGGAUUAAAAAKAGAAAACAUUGUAUACUGGGGAACAGACCAAGCACAAAAUAAUCGUAUAGAUACUUCAGCUUUGUUCAAGUCAAUACAGGAAACCAAGCAUUCAGAUUCUGAGGACAGURAAAGUGAUGAUAAUUCUAGUAGUGGAGAGUUGGAUGGUGAUACUGAAUAUGGAGGGAAUGGCAGAAGUGAAAAUAAGGCAAGAAAACACAAGUUAGAUCUGGAAGAUGAAUUUUUACUCUUCAUGAUGAGGCUUAAAUUAGGACUCACUGUCACUGAUUUGUCAUUUCGUUUUAACAUUGCUGAGGGAUCUGUAAGUAAUAUAAUAACAACAUGGUUAAAUUAUUUGUAUGUUCACUUAGGAGAGCUUAAGAUGUGGCCCCACAGAAAUAUUUUACUUAACAAUAUGCCCUCAGAUUUUAAAGAAAAAUACCCCAAUAAUAUCAUUAUCAUUGAUUGUACAGAACUCAAGAUAGAGACACCUUCACCUUUUGUAAAACAGUCACAGAGUUACUCAUCAUAUAAGAGUACUAAUACUUUAAAGAGCCUUGUGGGAGUUGAUGCCAAAGGAGGGUUUAUUUUUAUAUCACAGCUAUAUACUGGGUCUAYAUCUGACAAGCAAAUAGUAACAAGGUCUGGGUUUUUGAAUAUUCUAGAAAGGAAGUUAUCACUUAGGGAAAUAUUACCUAAUGACUCCAUAAUGGCUGAUAAAGGUUUUGACAUAGAGAGUGAAUUAAAGGGUAUUGGUUUGCAAUUAAAKAUACCACCAUUUUUGGGCUCAGAAGCUCAGUUUCAAGAGUCAGAUGUAUUAAAAACUCAAACAAUUGCUCAACAUAGAAUACAUGUAGGAAGAGCCAUAGGAAAAGUCAGGAGGUUUGGGAUUUUUUCAAAGCCAUUACCUAUAUCCUUACUUGGUACUGUUAACCAACUUUGGACAGUCUGCUGUGUAAUAAGUAACUUCAUGGACCCUAUUUUAGAGUAGCAGUCUAAUACCUGCCAUCCUGUUGUUAUACAAUGAAGCAAAAGUGGAGCCUACAACACACUGAUAUGACAAGUUCCUUAACUAAGGGAAUGAUGAACUAUUACAGGGAAUGGAAUGUGGUUUAAAUAGGUCGUAAUAGUUAUCAAGGUGUAAACCCCAUGUUUGAAAUAAAACUUUUAAAACUUUGAA